GAAUAUGUUCCCCCUGACGCAAUUUUCGCAUUGACAGCACAAUACCUCAAAGACCCUACCCCAUUGAAAGUGAAUCUAGGGCAAGGUACCUACCGUGAUCAUGAUGGCAAACCCUGGGUCCUUCCUUCCGUCCGACAAGCACGAGAACAACUCUUAACAGAAGGCUUGAAUCACGAAUAUCUACCUAUACUGGGCUUACAUGACUUUCGAGAGAGAGCUGCUGAGACUGUUCUUGGCUCGGUAAUAUAUGCUGAGAGGGAAAACCUUGCAAUCUGUCAAAGUCUUUCUGGUACAGGUGCUUUGCAUCUGGUGGGAUUGCUGCUCAAGACAUGUCGACGACCGCUCCCGAAAGUCUAUAUCCCAGAGCCAACAUGGUCCAACCAUCACCAAGUGUUCAAAUCGUUAGGCUUCCAGUGCGAGUCAUUUCAGUACUAUGAUCACAAACGAAAGGCACUUGAUUUUGAUUCGUACUUGUCAGCGCUGGAAAGUGCUGAGGCAGGGUCUAUCUUCAUCAUCCAUGCUUGUGCUCACAAUCCUACGGGCUGUGACCCC